CUGAAGAAACGACUAUAAUAUAUUCGGUGUUUAGGGUUUAAAUAUAAAAAAAAAUAUUUAAUUUUUAAAAAUUUUUAAUUUAUAUAUUUAAAAUAUUAAUAUGUAUACCGUUAUUUAAAAAUAAAAAUAACCAUAUAAAGGCCACAUCGAUGCCGGCCAAUGACGGCAACGAUGGCUUGGCAACACCAAUCAACAUCAUAAUAUCAUUAUAAUGUUAUACGAUCUGAAAUGAUGUGGAGAAAAAUAAAUAAAAUUUCUAAAUUAAAAUUAUUAUUUGUUUGGUGUUUCAAAUAAUAUUAUUUGUCAUCUUCGUCCUGACAAAUAAAUUUUGAAAAAAAAAAAAAAAAGAAAAUUUUAACAUCACAAAUAAAUUUUGAAAAAAAAAAAAUAAUAUUCAUUUGGUUUUGUUGAUCCGUCGUCGAUCGUUGUCGUGGUCGUCGUCGCCGUAGUCGUAGUCGUCUUUGUUGUUGUGUUGUUGCCGUCUUUUCUUCGAUCUUUUCGAACAACACACACAUUUGAUUAAUUGAUUCCAUCGUCUUUAUACGUUAAAAACUAAAAAUGGAGGAACUACCAAAAGAAACCAUCGAAUUACUUAGAAAUGCAUUUAAUGCAUUCGAUCCAGAAAAAAAAGGAUAUAUUGAUACUGCUAUGGUUGGUACAAUAUUAGGUAUGUUAGGACAUCAACUUGAUGAUCAAGUAUUAGGUGAAAUUAUUGCUGAAGUUGAUGAAGAUGGUUCAGGUCAAAUUGAAUUUGAAGAAUUUACAACAUUGGCAGCACGUUUCCUUGUUGAAGAAGAUGCUGAAGCAAUGCAACAGGAAUUAAAAGAAGCUUUUCGUCUUUAUGAUAAAGAAGGAAACGGUUAUAUAACAACAGCUGUAUUAAGAGAAAUUUUACGUGAAUUAGAUGAUAAAUUAACAAAUGAAGAUUUGGAUAUGAUGAUUGAAGAAAUCGAUUCUGAUGGUUCUGGAACCGUUGAUUUCGAUGAAUUCAUGGAAGUUAUGACUGGCGGUGACGAUUAAAACAACGUAUAUGUAUAUAUAUAUACAUAAUAUAAUUUACAAAUGUAAAAAUUUUUAUGUUAUACAUUUAACAAUAUUUUUAUAUUUUAAAUUGUAUAUAUAAAUUAUUUAUACUUUUUAAUUAAAAGAAUUUUAAUUCACACUGAAAUCUCGAA